GGAGACCCGUCGCAGGAUGGAGAGUAGGAGCAGCAAAGACGUUCUGAUGCUGGAGGCGCCACCGGAUUACACAGCCUCUCCCCGGCUCCCUGGACUCCCUUGCAAGAAGCUCUUGAUCGUGGUGGUGGUGGUGGUGGUGAUCGUGGUGGUUGUCCUGGCCUUUGGGCUGUUGGGGCUGCAGAGCGCAGAGAAGCACACCGAGACGGUCCUGCAAAUGACCAUUCAGGGUGUGUACGGAGAAGGCCCCCCGCAGCACCUCUCCAUGAGCAGGAAGGAGAGGCUGGCUACGUUUCAUGUCAACGCAGAGGUCAACUCGUCCGCCACGGUCGUGUAUGACUACAGUAAUCUCUUGAUUGGCUACCGAUCUUGGCCAGGAGAGUCUUGCUACAUCACCAGAAUGCACAAGGAGAACAUCCAAAGCCUGGAUAGUGUCGUUGGAGUCCUCCAGCACAUUCAGCCCAAGCCACUCGUGCCGUCCCACAAACGGGGAGAGGAGGGAGCGGACGGGCUGUCUGCGCCACUGGCUGACCGUUCCAUCCUGGGCACCACAAUUAACAUCCUCUGCAGCAGCGUCCCCAUCUACUGGGCUUAGA